UUCAAAUGUGUCCUCGCUUGGAUGCCGGUUAGAAGGGUGGGGUUGCUGAAUAGGCUCCGAUUGCGCCUGCUCGGUGAGGAGUUGUGUGGGGGUGUGUGCUGCUCCGAUGGUUUAAAUCCUACACAUGCGUACUGGAUUUCGGGGUUCAAGGGAAUAUACGCCAUAUUGGAAACACUGUAUAGUUUAGCUAACAGUUUAGCUAGCGGGGGGAAAAGAGCCACUAAUUGAUUCCCGUUGUGGCGUUUGGCACGUCGUUAUUUUCCCUGUCGUCUCGCGUAACCCAGUUUACAGGCACAUUCUCGCAGUCCGGACACAAACUUAUCCGCUGAACGGGGGGAAAAGGCGUUCGUUUGUUUGACAGGGCUGUUAGAAAGACAAGUUGAAUGGAUCCGAGGGUCGCUUGGAUUCAGCCGGAACAGAAAGGUCCUGCGAACGCUUUAUGGAUGCGUGUGUGGGAAACGUCUCAGGUAAACCGGACUAACACAGGUCAGCACCAGAACCACCAUCACCACAACAACCACCUCUGUGUCAAUUAUCCUGCGUAUGACGUUUAUAAGACUGUAGCGUCCAAUGCAAAUAACAGCACUAUCAUUAAAAACAACAGCACUGCGAUCCCGGGUAGCGGCUCUGUGGCUCACCCGUUAAAUGGAAACACGGGAGACGGCGGUAUGACCCAAAAGACCGGCUCGGUGGUGGAUUUGGCGUCCAGUUGCUCUAAAAUAAGGACUACAAGCCCUAAUGUGAUCGCUGGGAAUAUGAACAAGGCCCAUCCAUUUUUUACUUGCAGCGAGAACGUGUUGAAUAAUGUCAACCAUCAUCAUCAUCAUCAUCCUCAUCUACGGCAUUUCAAUCAAGAGCAGCAGCAGCAGAGUUGCAUGAAGCGCCACCCGUCCCAUCCGGCAGCGAUUCACAACCACCAUCACCACCACCAUCAUCCGAGCCGGAGGAAAAGCGAUAAUAAGGCCAGCACCUAUGGGAUAAACUACUUGCUCUCCAGCUUGACUAGUAACAGCAAUUAUGAGAACUCUGGCACGCCGUGGAAGACGAGGAAAUAUAACCCAGGGGUUGACGGGUUGCAUGAAGAAAUCAUGGACUUUUACAAUUUUAUGUCUCCUCGUCCUGAGGAGGCCACCAUGAGACAGGAGGUGGUGGACAGGAUAGAGUCGGUCAUCAAGGAGUUGUGGCCUACCGCUGAUGUCCAGGUUUUUGGCAGCUUUAGCACUGGACUCUUUCUCCCAACCAGUGACAUUGACCUGGUGGUGUUUGGGAAAUGGGAGAAACCUCCCCUGCAGCAGUUGGAGCAGGCCCUCAGAAAACACAGUGUGGCCGAACCCUAUUCCAUCAAAGUUCUCGACAAAGCUACGGUACCAAUCAUCAAACUAACAGAUCAGGAGACUGAGGUGAAAGUGGACAUCAGUUUCAAUGUGGAGACGGGCAUCAAAGCUGCUAGCUUCAUCAAAGAAUAUGUGAAGAAGUAUACCGUGCUGCCUUAUUUAAUCUUCGUGCUGAAACAGUUCCUGCUACAGCGAGACCUCAAUGAAGUCUUCACAGGAGGAAUCAGCUCCUACAGUCUCAUACUGAUGGUCAUCAGCUUCUUACAGUUACACCCAAGAAUUGAUGCCAGGAAUCCCAACAUGAACCUUGGCAUUCUGCUCAUUGAGUUUUUUGAGCUGUAUGGAAGACACUUCAACUACCUGAAGACCGGCAUCAGGAUAAAGAACGGUGGUGCUUACAUGGCUAAAGAGGACAUCAUGAAGGCCAUGAGUAAUGGCUACAGGCCCUCCAUGCUGUGUAUUGAGGACCCUCUUCUUCCAGGUAAUGAUGUGGGCAGAAGCUCUUAUGGUGCCAUGCAGGUAAAGGAGGCUUUUGACUAUGCGUAUAUAAUACUGGGUCACGCCGUCUCACCUCUUGCACGUUCUUACCCCAACAAAGACAGUGACAGCACUUUGGGCCGCAUUAUUAAAGUCACCCAGGAAGUCAUUGACUACAGGGAGUGGAUCAUAAAGAAGUGGGGUGGCAGACACAACUCCCGCUUGGAGAGGAAUCCAGGUCCAUCUCAUAAAGACUCAGUGGAUCAGGUGGAGACGGUCACACUGCUGGGUGUAGGUGUGGAGGACCAGCAGCAGAGGGACUCUGUGUCCCCUCACAGCGCAGACUCUCCCAUGUCCCUGUCCAGCCCUCAACAGCACUCCUCUGCCUCUUCUGCGUCCUCGCUGUCAGGCAGCGAUAUCGACUCUGACUCCACACCGUAUGUCACUCCACCUGUAGCCCCCUUCCCUCUCCAGAUUCUGCCGCCGGGACCCCUGUCAUCAGCGCUUCAGAUGGGCACGGGCAAAGCCAGCAUCACGGCAGCACUCACCAUGCCUCCGGCCACCCAGGCGAGAGUGCCAAUCCCAGGCAAUCUUUCUCUCCACGCUCUACCUGGCAGACAGGUGUGUAUGGCAGAUGGACCACCCCUAUACCUCCACAUGCCCCCCCCUGCAGUCCCCCCAGCUCCCCCCAGCCCUCUACCCAGUCCCCACCAUCAUCCAAAGCAGACAGGUCCCAAGUUCCCUCUGAAGGGCUUCCACAAUCCCGCCGUGGUGCACAGUCCCGUCCUUUCCAACCGAAACCACAUUCAGUACAACCGCAACACCUGGCGCCGCAGGAAGAGGGACAGUCUGCCGGCUAGCGUCAGCAGAUAAAGACGACGGCGCUCCCUCUGGUCCCAUCUUAAAACGAUGAGAACUCAUUUAGCCCUCCUACUGAUGGUGUGAGCACAGAGAGACCAGCGUUUGAAACCCAGCUCCUCGUUCAGUAGUUGUGGUGAUGGUGGUGCUAAGUAGUUCAGUCUGCCACUGAAUCUGUGCAUGUAUAUGUUGAGACUUUUGUUUGUUUUUUGACCUGUGCAAUCUUCCUGAGGAAGCUUCGAGAACAGGAACUGUUUUUUCGGUCGUCUACUCCACAACUUCCAGGUUGACAGGUGAAACGUUCCUUUUUUUUAUGUGUUUCAUGCUUCACAUUUUUGGUCUAAACGUGACACCCUUCACUUGUGGGACGAACUAGAUUCAGUGGAUUUCAAAUGUUUGUUGUAUCGGGUGAGGAUGUGUUUUUCAAAGGUUGUGUGUGUGUGUGUGUGUGUGUGUGUGUGUGUAACGCUGGCUUCAAAUUCUGCACUCAAGAUGCUUCCAGAGACCCCCACCGUAUUGACUGUAUACAUCACGCAACCUUUACUUUUUUGUGCAAUAACUUCUUAAUUUCUGUAUUUUCCUUCACUCUGGAAACAUUUAAUUUCUUUUUUGGUUGUUUUUGUGUCCAGCCUUUUGUUUGUUUUGUAAAAAUGUUUUUAUUUUUGUAAUGUUUUUAAUUUUGUUCAUCGUUUACAGAUCCUGUCAGACAGGCUCCUUAAGGGAAAAAAGUCUGUUUUAAAAGAGUUUUUUGAGAGUUUAUAUUCCCUCUUCCCCUUUUUCUCGGCAUAAAUUGCACCUGGACAAGAGCAAGUUAAAGCAGCCAGUUUAGAUCUCGCAGAACGACUUUCCACUCUUUACCAACAGGUGUCGCCAUUUCUCACUUUCUGUGUUCCCACAUUGAGCUUCAGAAUCUCAGCUGUUGCUUUUAUUUGUCUCGUUCGUUUUGUCUUUAAGGUUGUAGUUGUGUGGCAUUGAGGCUGUAGGACUUGGGUUUAUCAGAUUGAGAAUCGGAAAAAAAGCUUGAGCUCCUGGUCCUAAUGCGCUUUCAUUUAUAUGUGUGUCUGUCCUUUUUAAGUCGCUAUAGGUAAGUGUGAGACGUGAAUUAUUUUAGGGAAGCUCUAAUGAACGUGCGAGAGGACUCCAGAUCAGUGCAGCUUUAUGCAAGGUGCCCUAAUCGGACCUAGUUCGACUUUUGAAUGGGCACCCGAAUCAGACUAGCGGAGAAAGGGAAUUUAUUUUGAUUCCUUUCUGGAAUCUUGACGUGCAUUUAUUGCCAGGUACUUGCGCUAAUAUAUGCCUUUUUGGUAAUAACCUAUUCCUGUACUGUAUUGAAUUGAUUUUUUGUGUUCUGUUUGUAUAUGGCACACUAAAACUGUAUUGCUGUUGCUCAGAACGUCACAGGCAUACAGGUUAUUGUUACUAUGCAAGUGGAGUUUUGAAAAUCUCUUCCUGUGUCCCUCAUGAUGGCCAUUUGCUUGUAAAUCUUGUCAAGAAACUAAAUCGGAGUGACCGUCAACGGACUAAGGCCUGAGAUCGACGCACAUGUGAACAGUUCCUGUAUGCAAGUUCAGACUGUUUUAAUGGUGGAAAAACACCUGGACGUCUUGUCUGGAGUUUUUGCAAUGCAAAUAUUUCCUCCUAGAGAUCAACCGGACUACAUUUACUGCUGUUACAACGCUACAACCAUGUCCUGCAGUCUGUAUUGAAUGACUUUGACUUGUGUGAUGUGUUUUACAAAGUCAUAUCUGAUACAGAGACUGUGGAUUGUCCUUGUAACUCUUGACUCACCCGCCUAUCAAUGCAAUAGGGCAAAUGUAACUCUAAUAGCAGUUUCUGCUUUUAGAUAGAACCAGCAUCUUUUGCAAAAUGAGUCAGACAUUGAGGCAACUCUCCCCCUCCUUUCAAAUAAGGACCUACUUUAUUGGUGAUUUGUCUAAAUGAAAAUGGCUCCGUUUUUCCUGAGUGAAUCUGUAGAUGUGUUGGAAAGGUGGAAGUAUUUCACUCUGUAAUGGUUUGACCUUUUGAGGUGAUGUACUACUUGAUACAGUGUGACACUCCUCAUUGAAUAUCAAUGAUGGAUUUUAAAUGUAACCUUUUUUUUUUUUGCUGACGUCUGUUAUGUCACAGUGGCCAAAAGCACUCCUGAACUUGUCAAUCCUUAUACUGAAAGCCCUCAAUGUGGCCGCAAAGCAUCUAAGAGGUCAGACGGAGGAAUUGUUUUUGUUUUCCUUCAAUAUUUUUAUGUAAUUUUUUUUCUAUUUUAUUUUUUAAAUAAACAUCUUAAAACCA